AUGUCGCAAGAUACUGGUCUCUUCUCGGUGCGGCGACCUCGGGAGGCAUGUACGAUCGGAGGUGCUAAUUACAACUCAAGUCUUCCCCAACCUGCAUCAACUUUAAAACGAUCAAAUUCAAUAUCAGGCAUCAAUGCAACACACACAGCUGGAUACGUCCGCUCUUUAUCAAGCUCUCGACAAUCUCUUGCCCCUCAAAGACCGAGUCAGCCACAAUUUCAACGUGCAACUUCUGGGACAAAUCUACAGGAUUUAGGACUCUCGUCGGUAAAGCGUACAUCUUUUCAAAAUAGUAGUGGGCGUAAGAGCUAUGCUCCGGCUCAAGUUGGACGUCCAUCAGAUGAAAUUACUGAAAGAAGGAGUAGUGUCUAUCGCUCUAGGCUAUCUACGAAUGGUUCCGUAGGACAUCAAAGCUUUUUCCAGCAGGCACCCCAACCGGCUGGUGUGCCCAGAGAUCCCCGACCUCUGCGAGAUCGUUCUUAUCAAGCAAAAAUUGGCCAGGAACUUCUCGAUUACAUGGCGGCAAAUAACUUUGAAAUGGAGAUGAAGUAUCAGCUCACCCAGAACAGUAUUAAGUCGCCUACUGCCAAAGAUUUCAGCUAUAUGUUUCAAUGGCUUUACCAUAGAAUCGACCCCAGUUAUCGCUUCCAAAAAAGUAUUGAUCAAGAAGUACCACCGAUUCUCAUACAGCUGCGAUAUCCCAUGCAAAAAAGCAUCACUAAAAGCUCUCUGGCUGCUGUAGGCUCUGCAAAUUCGUGGCAUAUCUUCCUUGGCCUCUUACAUUGGAUGAUGCAAUUGGCACAAAUGUUAGAUGGAUAUGGAGAUAAUAAAUAUGAUGAUGCUUGUACUGAAGCGGGCGUUGACGUUAGUGGGGAUAGAAUAAUUUUUGACUUUCUUAGCAGAGCCUAUCGAGACUGGCUUUCAAUGGACGAAGAUGCCAAUGAUGACGACCAAGAUCAAGUUCUGGCCCCUCACAUAGAGGCCAUGGCUAAAAAUUUUGAGAAUUCGAAUCUCAGAAACUUAGAAGAGCUUCGUGCUCUUGAAUCUGAAAACCAGCGCCUUCGCAAGGAACUCCAAGCUCUCGAGAAGUCUGAGUCCGAUGCAGCAACUCUAGAUCGAAACUAUAAAAUCAUGGAGGAAGACAAGGUUAAAUUUGAAGAGUUUGAUACACGAAUGAAUCAAAAGUCCGAAAAGUACGAGACUCGCAUUCAAUUCCUCCAAGAUGAGAUUGAGAAGCUGGCUUUGGAGUGGAAAGAGAUAGACGAGGAACGCGCAAACCUUCAGAAAGCUUUGAUUGGUCUCAUUCCAGCGGCCGCAACUAAUAAGAAAGAAAAUAAAUAUGAGCUACAGGUUGUUGUCAAUGAAGGACCUAAUUUCUCUUCAUCUCAGAUGGGUCAGUCGACUAGCAUGGGCAUAGAAAAUGACCGACUAUUAGUUGAUGGUGUCGUCGGGUAUCAACCAGCUCAUAUUCUUAAUCUUGAUCUCCGUGGCCAAGUCAAGAGCAGUUUCGUGGAUCUAAGAAAAGAAAUAUCAGAACGACGAAGUGUUGCGAUGGAUGAGGUUGUGCGGCAACAUGAUUUGUUGGAUGGUUUAAAGGAAUCACUUGAAGAUAAGCGUGGUGAAGUUGAAGCACUUGAACAUCGGGUCCGGAGUGCUGAGGAAGAAUACGAAAAGACAAGGGAGGUCAGCACGACACAGAAGCUUGCAUCCGACGCUCAGAUCGAAAGGAUGGAGAAGGAGCUUGCAAAGAUGCGCUCAGGUUUAACUGAGUCUGUGCAACUCAUGGAACAACGAGAGAUGAAUUCUAACAUCGAAUAUGAGCAGCUGAUACUCAGUGCGAAUGCGCUUCGUGAAAAGUUGCACACUGACAUUGAGAAAAUGCUCAAUGAUAUUAUCAAGUUCAAAGUGCACAUUCAGAAGAAUCUUGAAGACCUCGAAGAAUUUGUAGUUGACGAAGUUGAGCAUGAACUAGCGGUUGAUGAAGACGACAAGGAACCAUCUGUGGAUCUUGAGUAA